UUAUUAUUAUUUCACAAAAUUCAAAGGUUUUCGAAAUCCAAAUUCUCACCGGACGUAAUAAUAUUACUUCCUUCUCCAUUUCGACUCCUGCCUUAUCGAUAUACUCCCAUACAUAUAUUCACACAAAACCAUUUCUGCAUUUCAUUUUUUCUUCUCCUAUCUUGUUUUUGUGCUACAGAUAAGAUUCUUUGUUUUUGUUUAUAUUUUUUCAAUUUCUUGAGCUAUCCCCCGUGGUAUCUAUGAGUUCACUGAAGAUCUAAAGUUUGAUCAACAAUUACAACUCUUGUUUGGUUCAUUAAAUGCGUUGAUUUUUGUUCAGUUUCUCUCCGAUCCUUUUGGGUUUGUUGUUUUUGAGAUUUUCAAGGCAAGGUGGGUGAAUCGAGUUGAAUGUGAUUUGCAUGGGUGAGGAUGCCAGAGCUGCGUAGCGGAGCACGGAGAUCAAAACGGCUUGGUGAUCUCCAGCCUGCCCCUGAACCCUCUGGCCAAGAAGAAAAUUGGGUUUUGCCUACUCAGAACAGAGGUCGAAGAAGAGGUGGUGGUGGAAGAGGAAGGGGUAAUGCAACAGCUGUAGCAAAAGGGCCUUCAGCAGCGACGCGGGCAAGGCCUGGUGGUGCUGGUAGGGGUAGGGGGAUUAGGUUGAUCGAUUUAGAUCCGGAGCCACCUUGUGAGGUUCUUCCUCAAGCUGUUCCUGUUGGUGUUGCAGAGCCAGCUCUUAAUAGAGCUGAGGGUGCUGCAGAUAAAAAUAUUGCAAUGGAAGGUGGGAGUAGAGAUAAAAUAAUGGGAGUUGAAGAAGAAGCAAGCACAACUCCAGUACCUGAUAGGGUGCAAGUGGGUAAUUCUCCUGUAUAUAAAACAGAAAGAAGAUUAGGUAAGGGUGGAUUUGGACAAGUUUAUGUUGGUCGUAGAACAAGUGGUGGAACUGGGAGAACAGGACCAGAUGCUGUUGAGGUUGCAUUAAAGUUUGAGCAUCGAAACAGUAAGGGUUGCAACUAUGGCCCUCCUUAUGAGUGGCAGGUGUACAAUACCCUAAACAGCUGCUAUGGGAUCCCAGGGGUUCAUUAUAAGGGUCGUCAGGGAGAUUUUUACAUACUGGUGAUGGACAUGCUUGGACCGAGCCUUUGGGAUGUCUGGAACUCUUUAGGCCAGUCAAUGUCACCAAAUAUGGCGGCCUGUAUCGCUGUGGAGGCAAUAUCAAUUCUCGAAAAGCUUCACCUUAAGGGGUUUGUGCAUGGAGAUGUGAAGCCAGAAAACUUUUUGCUUGGUCAGCCAGGAAGUGUUGAUGAGAAGAAGCUGUAUCUUAUUGAUCUUGGUUUAGCAUCUAGAUGGAAAGAUGCAGCAUCUGCUCAGCAUGUCGAGUAUGACCAGAGGCCAGAUAUAUUCAGGGGUACUAUAAGAUAUGCAAGUGUACAUGCACAUUUAGGUCGGACUGGGAGUAGAAGGGAUGACCUUGAGUCUCUAGCAUACACAUUAAUAUUCCUCAUAAAGGGAAGGUUACCAUGGCAAGGCUAUCAGGGUGACAACAAGAGUUUUCUAGUCUGUAAAAAGAAAAUGGCCACUUCACCAGAGUUGAUGUGUUGCUUUUGCCCUGCCCCAUUCAAGCAAUUCCUUGAGGCUGUAACAAACAUGAAGUUUGAUGAGGAACCGAAUUACGCCAAGCUCAUAUCAUUCUUUGAGAGUCUUAUUGAGCCCUGCACAUCACUGAGGCCAAUAAGAAUUGAUGGGGCUCUUAAGGUUGGGCAGAAGCGGGGAAGACUGUUGAUAAACUUGGAGGAAGAUGAGCAACCAAAGAAAAAAGUGCGACUCGGUAGUCCUGCAACCCAAUGGAUUUCAGUUUAUAAUGCACGGCGUCCCAUGAAACAGAGAUAUCACUACAAUGUUGCAGACUCUAGGCUCCAACAGCAUGUAGACAAGGGAAAUGAAGAUGGUCUUUACAUCAGCUGUGUGGCUUCAGCUGCCAAUCUUUGGGCCCUAAUCAUGGAUGCAGGAACUGGUUUCUCGUCCCAGGUUUACGAUCUUUCAGCUGUCUUCCUCCAUAAGGAUUGGAUAAUGGAACAGUGGGAGAAGAACUAUUAUAUCAGCUCAAUAGCCGGAGCAGCUAAUGGAAGUUCUUUGGUUGUUAUGUCCAAAGGAACUCCUUAUACACAACAGUCUUACAAAGUAAGUGAAUCAUUUCCUUUUAAAUGGAUAAAUAAAAAGUGGAAAGAAGGUUUCCAUGUCACAUCCAUGACCACUGCUGGCAGCCGGUGGGGCGUGGUGAUGUCCAGAAAUUCUGGAUAUUCUGAACAGGUUGUAGAGCUUGAUUUUCUCUACCCAAGUGAAGGAAUACAUCGACGAUGGGAAAGUGGUUAUCGAAUAACUUCUAUGGCUGCUACUGCUGAUCAAGCAGCCUUCAUAUUGAGCGUACCAAGACGUAAAAUGAUUGAUGAGACUCAAGAGACCUUGCGGACAUCUGCCUUCCCAAGCACCCAUGUAAAGGAAAAAUGGUCCAAGAAUCUUUACAUUGCAUCCAUCUGUUAUGGUCGAACUGUCUCUUGAGGAUGUUGGUCGCCGUGAUCUCAAUGUUUCUAGAAGAGAUAUGGAGGAUGAAUUCAUCUGGUCAAAGCUGGAUUAGCCAGUCCUCAUUUUUUGUCUGUAAACUAUGUUUUGUACGACAGCAUACUGGAAAAUAGGAGAAACAAACACCACUUAAGAACUUGCAGAAUCAAGGCCUGAAAGCAGGCUGGAGCACCAAUUGGGUGGCUGACCAAAAUUUACUAGUUUUGGCAGUUAAGGCUUCCAACAUUUGCAUUUUUUGUACCUCAAAUUAAAAGGGUCCAUUUAUUCCAUAAUAUUAUUGAUUCUUGCUGCCAUGUGGUUGCAUCUACCCUAAA